AUGAGGAUCUGGUGGCUCCUGCUUGUCGCUGGAAUCUGCACAAGAAACAUGAACUCACAGGACACAUGCAGGCAAGGGCACCCUGGCAUCCCUGGGAAUCCUGGUCACAAUGGUUUGCCUGGGAGAGACGGACGAGAUGGAGCAAAGGGCGACAAGGGCGAGGCAGGAGAACCAGGCCAUCCUGGUGGUCCGGGGAAGGAUGGAAUGACUGGAGAGAAAGGAGAACGAGGAGCAGAUGGAAAAGUUGAAGCCAAAGGCGUCAAAGGCGAUCAAGGCUCACGAGGACCCCCAGGGAAACAUGGGCCAAAGGGAUUUGUUGGUCCCAUGGGAGAGAAAGGUCUCAGGGGAGAGAUUGGCCCUCAAGGGCAAAAGGGGGAUAAAGGCAAUGUGGGGCCCAUUGGUCCAGAAGGGCUAAAGGGCAGCACUGGGCCUUCGGGCCCAAUGGGUCUACCUGGCCCCGUGGGCCCCAUUGGGAAGCCUGGCCCCAAGGGAGAUGCUGGGCCCUUGGGACCGCAGGGAGAUCCAGGAGUCCGGGGAAUGAGAGGCUGGAAAGGGGACCGAGGCGAGAAAGGGAAAAUUGGUGAGACUCCAGUCUUGCCCAAGAGUGCUUUUACGGUGGGGCUCACGGUACUAAGCAAGUUUCCAAGUUCAGAUGUGCCCAUUAAAUUUGAUAAGAUCCUGUAUAAUGAGUUCAAUCAUUACGACGUGGCCAGGGGGAAGUUCAUUUGCCACAUUGCGGGGGUCUAUUACUUCACCUACCACAUCACCGUUUUCUCCAGGAACGUUCAGGUAUCUUUGGUCAAAAAUGGGGUGAAGAUACUGAACACCAAGGACGGCUACAUGAGCUCUGAGGACCAGGCGUCGGGAGGCCUGGUGCUGCCGCUGAAGCUGGGGGACGAGGUGUGGCUGCAGGCCGCGGGAGGGGAGAGGUUCAACGGCUUGUUCGCAGAUGAGGACGACGACACGACCUUCACAGGCUUCCUUCUGUUCGGCAGCCAGUGA